AGUAGAGAUGGUGUGUCUUCUCUCCUCCCAAGCUCAGCUCGCUAGCAUAUCCACCAAACGAAAAGCUAUCAGAAUCGGACUAUGAUAUUUAGACAAAAGAGGAAGCUUCGUGAGCUGAGAAUUGAGAGCAAGACAAUAGAUAGAAGAAAAGAUGGACGAUUACGCUAGAGAGAUGAUGGACCUGAAGACCCUGGUCACCCGAACCUUAGAAAAGAACGGCGUACUCGCCAAGAUCCGGGCUGAACUUAGAGCAAGUGUAUUUGAAGCGAUUGAAGAAGAGGAUAAGAUAAUUGAGAAAGAAGAAGGUUUGCCUCCUGCACUAUUGGGUAGCUGCAAUGACCGUGCAAAAAAAUUGCAUGCUUCUCCUUCAGGGAGGCUACUAACCUCGUUGAUAUGUGAAUACUUGGACUGGGCACAAUUGAAUCACACUUUAAAAGUGUAUUUGCCAGAGUGCAAUUUGCAAAAGGAUUUUUGGAAGUCUGAGUUGAAAGAAUUUAGUAGCAAGAAUGGAUAUGAUCUGAACAGGAAUGGAGACAGUGGUCCCUUGCUUUUGGAUGUCCUUGAAGGAUUCUUGAAGUAUGAGAAUUUGUCUCAAGGCAGAGGUACAGCAAGGAGAGUACCUGAAACCGUAUCCCUAUCGAAUAUAGAAACUCGGAACAUUAGGAGACCUUCCUCAUCAACUAUUGCUGGGGGCUUACCUCCACUAGGAAGGUGUUGACAAACAUACUAUUUAAUAUCUUUCUUUCCCUGCUAUAUUUUGUCCACUUUCUUUUCCACUCUGCUAAUCAGCUUAAACCCUGUGGAAUUCUUCUGGCAGGCUGGUUCUUGCUUCCCAGGCAGCUGAUAGGAGAGCGGGGUCCUCCAUGUCUGGCUACAGGAAAGAGGAAUAUAAUUGGAGAUAUGAUGGUGAUGAGCUUCCAGAAGAAGUCAUUCAUGCUUCAGCUGCCUUGGAAAACCUUCAGUUAGACAGAAAAGCUCAGAAUCUAACAACUUCUUGGCGGUAUGCUGGGGAUGGAAUCUCUGAAGAUGAUAUGGCAGGGUAGACCAGCACCAGAUGUAGUAAACGACUUCGUUUACCUUGUAUUUUAUUCUCCAUCAAUCACUGUGUUAUGCCAUCAAAUGAGUGUAGUGAUGCAAUGUUAGAUUUUCCUACACAUUGUACAUCGGUGUUUUUGUGAUUUAUAUGAUCUUUCUUUUGCCUUUUUUCGGUCUUUU